AUGAGUUCCUUCUCCCAGCUGAUCACCAAUGUGAAAAAAGCCCGCGCUGCCUUCAAUAGAGGGAGAAGCAAAUCGGACGCCAAGCGGAACAAUCACUCCAGAUACAGUGUAUUUCCGUCGUCACUCUCGUCAACGUCUGUUGUCGAACAAGUCAACCUAAUACCCACGUCCUCACCCUGGGACCUCCUCCCCGUCGAGCUCCAGAUCAAGAUCUUCGCCUAUUGCGGCGUCGCCGAUUUCUUGCCCUUGAAACUUGUCUGCCGAGCCUUCUUUCAACUCCUGAACUCUCAGGAGCACUGGAUCACUCGACAGUACCUCCGUCAACGCCGUCAUGGAACCCUCCCGUCUCCGAUAGAUAGCGAACGAACAUAUUCUCGACACCCAGAAGACGAUGUGGUGCUGCUGUCGGAUUUGUUUCCACCUACAACCAGCGCAAAAGGAGGUCAUCUUUACACUUUCCGAUACAUCCAUAGUCUCCGGCGCCGCCAGAAACUAUGCUCGAAGCUAUGCUAUUUCCUUGCCGAUCGAGUGGUGGAUCGCUUCAUGCGGAGCGAGCCGGGCUUUGUGAAAUCGAGGUUCCCGUCGAGGACCGAGCGCAACGACUUCAUGAAACGGGCCGUCGGGACUAUCUGGUUCUACCUUACGCCGCUUAUGUACUAUACACUGUACUUCCUUGAGACCUAUGCCCUAGCCAGAAGAGAGCAGACCAAUGCCCUUUUGCGCGAUUUCGAAGCCGGACGCCUGCCGGUUAAGAUCCCCCCCGAUGUUCGCAAGACUCUAUACCGGGACUUGCAGGUUCAAAUCAUUCAGUCCCCACCCUUUACAGACACCGCCACCCUCGUCUCCACACAUCACUGCAUGCAACUCCUGGUGUCAUACUUGCAAUACACCGUGCCCCCCGAUGAGCCCGGGCCAUCGGACGAUAGUUGGAUAGGCUCGUUGCUCACCGUGUCGCCGUUCACGCGCGUGCUGGAAUAUUUCUCGGCAGAAAUCGGCGACGGUGGCAGUCAGCGAAUGCAGCGAAAAGAGUUCAUGCACAACUUCCACAACGACAUCACUUCCAAUGAAAAGGACGACAUGAACUCCUCGGUGUUCGAGUGUGCCCCGCACAUUCACGUGCAUGGUUCCACGCAGGAUGUCUGGUUUGACGUGGUUACUCAGGAAUUAGCGUCAAGACGGACCGUGGAGCAUAAGCCGGAGCUUGUCCUGGUGUGGGAUGGGCUACCUAUUGUAUUCGGCUGUCAUUAUUGUCGGGACUCAGCAGGAUGGCGCGCAUAA